UGGUGAAACAGUGCGCAUUAAAUCCACCCCAAGUUUUCUCUCCAUUCAUACCUUGAAGGUUUCUCCCAAGUUUUUCCCCUUCUUGGAGGACUAAAAAUUAUCCUCCCACUUUUCAUCCUGUACUUUUUCCUUGAAUUCAAAGUUGGCAUACUCGUUUCCGCAGCCUCUGUGCAAUCUUGACUUGACAGAACUUUGUUUCUUCUAGCUCUUAUAUCCCUCUCCCAUGCCCACGUUUUAGCUGACAAUUUUGCAAUGUAUAUGUGACAUGUUCAUGUGCAUUCAAGAUCCAAGGCAAAACAUCUGUAUCCAACUUUUUUAACUUCUCUGAUGGAUCAGCUGAGCCAAAAGUACAGUCUUCAUGACUCGUCACAAACUCUUCCUCCCAUGAUAACUCCUCCAAGUUCACUUCUUGGCUCAACUCUGCAUUCUUCCCACUCUGGUUUUCCAAUUAUAGCAGUUGCAAUUAUCGGUAUCUUGGCCACAGGAUUCUUGCUGGUCGGCUACUACAUUUUUGUGAUCAAGUGCUGCUUGAAUUGGCACCGUAUUGAUCUUCUGAGGCGAUUUUCGUUCUCCAGGAGGAGGCAAGUUGAGGACCCUUUAAUGGCUAACUCUCCAGCAGUCGAAAAUCGAGGACUUGAUGAAGCUGCAAUCCGUUCCAUCCCAAUAUUUCAAUAUAAGAAAUUUCUUACCAGAAAAGGUGAACCUGGAGAAAGAAGCUUUUGUGAAUGUGCGGUUUGCUUGAAUGAAUUUCAAGAAGAAGAGAAGCUAAGAGUUAUCCCAAAUUGUGCUCACGUCUUCCAUAUAGAUUGUAUCGAUGUUUGGCUUCAGAACAAUGCAAACUGUCCACUUUGCAGAACCAGCAUUUCAGUCACAACAAGAUUUCCCUUGGAGCAAAUCAUGGCUCCAAUCUCUUUCUCUCCUCGAAAUCCCACUAGGUACAGGGACAAUUUUACAGGCAGGGAUGAAGAUUAUGUUGUCAUUGAAAUCGGUGAACAAAACCGUUCUGAUCAGUCAUUGCUUAGAGCUCAAGAAAGAUUGAAUUCAGGGGAAUUAUCAGAACAUUUUAGUUUUUCACCAACCAAGUUACCAGAACAAAAAGUAUCCCAAAAGAAGAAGAAAAAGUUCAAUCAUGUAUCAAGUAUGGGGGAUGAAUGCAUUGACAUCAGGAAAAAAGAUGAGCAGUUUGAGAUUCAGCCUAUAAGGAGAUCUUUCUCCAUGAACUCAGCAGCUGAUCUCCACCUUUCUUUAGCAGUUCAAGAAAUAAUUCAGCAGCAGAGGCAAAUCAGUGAUGUUAUUAGUCCUGCUAGUGAAGGCUGCAGCAGCAGAGUCAGAAGAUCAUUGUUUUCUUUUGGGCAUGGUAGGACAUCAAGAAGUGCUGUUUUACCAGUUCAUUUGGAGCCAUAAGACCAGGACUAUUUCAUUAUUUUCAUCCCUUUCUUUUCUAGGCAUAUUCUUUUCCUUUUUGUUUUUCUUUAGUUUGUUACUAUCAAAUAGAAAUAGCAUAGCAUAGUUAUACAGAUUUAAAAUUGAUCUCAAGACUAUAGAAGUGGUAGUUUGUAAAGUAGAUACAUAUUAAGAGAGUGUUAAUGAAUGCUGUCCAAUACUAUUUAAUGA